GGUCACGUUUGGUUGUGUACUGCGGUGUAGCUUGUACAGAAAAGGAUGGGGACUGUGGAACCUGUGGAAUGUGUGGAUGAUAUGGUUGAACGUUGUGUGGACGUAGGAAUUUAGUAGAGAAGAAUGCAAGGAAAGGUUUCGUUGCGCUUAGAAAUUUGUGCCUUCAUCAAAUGACAUGGCAGGGUACAGAAUGUAUAUGCUGAAAUGUACAUGUAUACUCGUACUAUCAUGCAAUUCCGUUCUGACUUUCAAAUCAAAUUGCCAUAAAUCACAUGAGCCUGACUACUGCAGGAAUGAAAGCGUCAGCUGUAAGUCGCAGUUACAGAGCUUUCCAAAUGCCUCAGAUGCAGAUUGCAUGAUAGAAGCUCCAGGAGCUUGUUCUAUGUGGGAAUUUAGUGCUGGGUCCUCUGCUCAUCCUGGGUCAGUGAAGCUCGUAGCAGUCCCACGAUGUGAGAACUCUUUUCGUUUCACUGCCAUGAAGCUUUUAUUAAAAGAUAUCAAGUGGACCUCAUUGCAAUUCAGAUUUACAGAGUUUCAGAAUGAAAGAAGAACCUUCUGCCGAAGAUUCAAACUGUCUUCAGAUUACAGUAUUCCAGAAUUAUUCUAUGACUGCAGGUGGACAGAUGACCGUGAUCAUUACAAAACCUUCAUUUUUCAGUAUGAAGCUCUAAUGGCAUCUCAUAGAGAAGCUGGGAAGUAUUGGUUCAGGCUGCCAGGUUAUGGUGAAUUAGAUUUAUCUUAUAAAAACAAUUUAACACAUUGGUCUCCAUUUCUGUAUGUUGAUGUUUCGGAGUCACCUAGUCUCACUGUAAGAUGGCAACAAGCACCUCUGAAUUUUGGUGUUCGAAAAUAUGAACUGAUGGUGUACGACAGGAAUGAAUUAAAAGAAACUAAAGUAUUUAGCAGCACAGAUGAAGAAGAAUUGAGCUACAAGUACAAUGAAUAUUUCCCUACAUAUGGGGAAUACAAAUUUGAGGUGCGCAUACUUCAUGAUUCCUGCAGAAAUGGUGUUUGCCCUGUAUCAGAAUCUCCAGAAAUAGUUGUAGGUGAUUCUGCUAAGAAGGCAUUGCUAGUAGGAGUCAUUGGCUGUGUAGUUGUUAUGUGUCUGUUGAUGAUCAUCCUAUAUUCAUGGAACAGAUUCAAACAACCAAAAAAUAUUAAACAACCGAAGUUAUUGAUUAUCUAUACUGCAUCCAAUGUGUCUCAUAUAAAAGUUGUGGAAGAAUUAGCAAAGUACUUAAGGAAGCACUGCUUUGUUGAUGCACUAUUGGACCAACUGGAUAUACCAAAAACCAAGAAAAAGGAUCCAUAUGAAUGGUACAAUGAUGCUUUUGUUCAUCUUGAUUUUGUAAUGGUGGUGUCUUCACCCCCUAAGUGCUGCAACCAGGAAGGACUCUACAGAGGGGCAGAUGUCAUUGCCCUGCGGUUUUUGAAGAACAAGUUUUCUGACCAUAAAUCUAGAUGCCUGUUUUUUUCUGUCUUGCUGCCUUAUUGUACUGAACAAGACAUUCCAAAUGAUGCAAAACAUUUUGUGAAGUUCAAAUUAACGAAAGAUUUUGAUAAGAUGUUAUGGUUCAUUCAUAAUGGUGGUAAGUUCCCUGCCUUUCUGGAUUCAGCAUGUGCUUUACUUGGGCCUAACCUACCUGGAGGUGAGUGUGAUUUAAAAGUCAGUGGUGUAACUUUGCUGAGAUGUAUGAAAGAGGCAGAAGGUGAUUCUUUUAAAUUUUGUAACCACAAGUAUAUGAAAGAGGAGGGAAUUUCUAAGAGUAAAAAGACUGUGCUGCAGGCACUGUUUCAGCCUUCACAAGAUGUGACAGAAAGUAGACCUAAAUAUGUGAACCAUUCAAGUGAUGUUUCUGAAAUGAAUCCUGAUGCAGUGAUGAAUUAUGAAGACUUCAUGGAAAUAUCCUUGAAUGAUUUAGAUCUGACAGGUGCACAAGCAUUAUGUUCAGAACCAUUAAAUAAGCGAAGGGUUGAUACUCAAACAGUGUAUGAUCUUGAUACUAUGCCACUUUAGGAGGACUGAAUUUGCCUGUAUAGUUGAUCCAUUUUUAUAACAAACAAGGGUCAUUUUGUGGGAUUUGAACCCACGAUCCCGCUUUCCGAGUGAGUGAAGACAGUGCAUGCCUUAGUCACUUGAACGGUCGUAAGCAUGACCGCCGCCAAGUUUAAGCCUCUUAUAUUUUCUGUGUCUGACUUCACUUUGUCUUAUGUUGCAAACGAUGUCAUUCUCAUGACUUUGUAUGACUUCUGCUUGUUGUCUGCACAAUUUUGUUAUCUAAACAUAUACAUACGGAAGGAUGAAAGCCUUAUGCAAAUCACUCACCGGUGUUCACCUUGCAAAAUUUCCAAUGUUGCGGAGAAUCUUGUUUUGUAGGCGCUGCAAUUUUAAGAGUCAGGUGUCUGCCGCUAAUUCCCAGGCGGGACAAGCAUAAGUCAUUACUGAUCGCAUUAUUCAUUCUGAUAAGGUUACGGGAUUCUGUUUGGAUGAAAGACCAGAAAUCUGACCUGGCAAGUGGAUUCUCCACCAUGACAGUGCCCCUGAGUAUGAUGAGUGAAGAGUUCGCAAGUUCCUGGAUAAGAAAAUCCAUCACAAAAACGGAGAUCCACCUUAUUCAUCUGACAUAGCCCCUUGCGAUUUUUGGCUCUUUCCAAAAUUAAAAAAUAUCCUGAAGGAACAAAAAUUUGCUGACACUCCUGACAUCCAAAGAAACGUGACAACGUUACUGCAAGCUAUUCCGGAAAACGAAUUUCAAGACUGUUUCUGGUAGAGGAACCAUCGUCUCAUGAAGUGCAUAGUUUCACAAGGAGAGCAUUUUGAAGGCGACAGCAACCGCCAGUGCACAGGUGAGCAAAUUUUCCUUUCAGAGGACCAUUCCGGGAAUUAAAUUGUCGCACCUUGUAUUUCAUGGAGUCGGGUUUAUUUAUAUGCAGAGGUAACUUUACCUUUCACCUUAUGAAAUGUCUCUUCAUACUUGUAGCUGGAUAUAGAUGGUCCAAAAACUCAGAUGCCGACAGUUCCCUUUCUGAAGGAGUGGGGCCGGUGUCUAGAAAUUACAUUGUAAGAUUCUGAGUGUCUUUCAGCGUGGAAUUUUGCAGGCCUAAUUAAAUAUAAGUUAGAAGGUUUUCAAGAGAUAAAUUUUCAGUUUGUGUACUACGUCGCGGCACCGUGUAGUACUGUAAGUGACAUGUAAUUAAAACUGCAUAUGUAAAAAUCAGGAAACAGUUUGUAUAAGUAAAAUUUUAAGUGUACUCCUAAGCAUAAAACUUUGUAUAUAUGUAAGGUAUUAAUAAUUUGCAAUAAAGAUUUGUGGCUAAAAA